AUGGGAAUGCAGCACUUAGAGGAGAGAAAGGUAAGACCUGCAGAGAGUAUGUAGAAAUAAAUGUAAAGGUAAAUUUUCCAACCUUCCAUUAGAAAUGACUGCUCUCAAGAGAUUACAAACAGUUUAUGAUCUCUUGCUGCACUAAAUAUAACGCGGGCAGUUCGAGGUUGUGAACUGCUGAUCUUUUGCAUUUUGGUAUAGGCCACUCAAUCCCUCGUGAGCCUCUGUCAAGCAAAACAUCUAAAAACGCGUGCAAUCCCAGCUUGUAAAUUAGCUUCAGGACACAAUGAGGAUCUUUCACACCUUUGCAUAGGCCACUCAAUCAUUGAGCGUGUCUAAGCAAAAAAAUUAUACAUUGUCUUCUCUCGCAGUUUGUCCAUCGCGACUUAGCAGCGAGGAAUAUUUUAGUUGAUGCCAACUUGGUGGCUAAAGUUGGAGACUUUGAAUUAGCCAGGGACAUAUCCGCUGCUAGUAGAUACGCCAUGACCAGCGUAAGUACGCUUUGCAAUCAAAAUCAGCUAAAUCUACCAAAACGAAGAAUUGAUUAUAAUAACUGUAGCAACAAUUAUUUUACCCAACCAAACAGGGGAGUUUCGUGACAAACAAAUCGGAUUCCUGUUUCGUGGUCGUCCGAUUUUCUAAUCACUCGUAUGACUACAGACCGAAUAGGACUCCACUCAGUCUUAUUACCAUUAUUAAUUAUGGAUUAGUUUCUAAAUUCAUGAUUAUGUUAACAACAAUAAUUAUAACGGUCACAGUAACUAUCACUCAGAAUUUUACUGGAAAUUAAUAAUGAUUACAAACUAUCAUAUAUCUCAACGUCGAAAAAGAACUCGCUUACUAUUAAUGAAUGCAUCUUUCCGUUUCAUAGGUCAUCCGCUUCCCAGUUUCAAAGGGCAUUGCCUGUACUACAAACAGUAGCUUGCUCACAUUAAUCUAUCUUUUCAACAGGGCAAGGUUCCAUGGAGAUGGUCGUCGUUAGAAUCUCUACGAGAUCUGCAUUUUACAUCCAUGAGUGAUGUGUAAGUUUCAUUUUCAUUUCUGUCUCUUGACUUCGAAUCGGAAGUACUGCCUAGUUGAAAGGAUUUCCAAAAAAACACAUCUGCUUUGCGCUCUGGUAUAUUCCUUGGAGCAUUAUUAUGGUCAUAUCUGGGCUUCCUUUUUACGUUGUUUGUCCGUCUUCAUGUACAUGUACAUGCAUGGUGUAUCUAUACCUAUUUGCAUUUAUGGACACACCAUGGGAACUUAGUAUGACUUAAUGAAUUCCUUCCUUCCAAUCGGGCAUCAUAUGCACAUAUUAACUGAUUGAAAUAAAUACCACAGGCAAAGUCCACAUAAAAGGAAAGACUCAACAAAGUUUUGAGUGAUGUAAAUAUCCAUUAAACACUAAAAGAAUACAACGAGACUCGAUCUUUAAUCAAUUCAGCGCUAAUAGUUCGAAUUCUUUUUUCAUUGAAGUUAUUAACCCUUUCACUCCCAAGAUCUCAUUGUUAAUUCUCCUUACUGUCUGCCAUAAAAUUCCUUAGAUUUUAUUCGGAGAAUUUGGAAUGGUUUUAACAAAUAAUCUCCUUGAUAUAUAUAUUUUUUAUCUUAUCACUUGCCUGCUUGAUAUUGUAUUGAUAUUGUAAGGAGAAAUUCUGUCUUAUAGACACAAGUAUCUUCAUUUUGGCAAUGAUUAUUGCCAGUCAAACGAAACUGAACAAGAUGAGAAGACCACCUCUAGGUAUAGGUUGUGCUCGUAUCAAACAUUUUAUACGUGCUAUAUCUUAUUUGUCACAGUGCUGCACUUAAUUUUAUCUCCCUAAAUCAGUCACAUAAAGUCUUAGCAAGUCUCUAUUUAUUUACAAAGUUAUUGCUGAAGUACUUAUUGUCUUAAAUGAUAUUUUUAAAAAAAAUGAAAUCGUUAAAUCAUAUCUUAUUUCCGCCAAACAGGUGAGUUGCCAUACCCUGACAUCACAUCACCAAUUGCCUUAGUAACUCGACUUGCUUCAGGAUACCGGAUGCCUCGUCCCGACCGAUGUUCAGAAGAACUGUAAGCUAUAAAGUCUUAAAUAAUGCUAUUGAAAUUAAAUUGAGUCAUUUAAUAUGAAAAAAGGCUUCAAAUAAUGGACGUUUACUUUCCGAAUUCUUUUAAAAAUAAUUGAAAAGCGUUUUACUCUUCCAGCAAAGUCUCGCAAGAUCCGCUGACACCCACUUUUUCUCGUUGAAAAUCAAAACAAUGCAUUGAAUCAGCAGUGAUGGUUUAAAAACAAUUUGUACAUCAAAUCAAAUGUCACAUUCGGCCAAUAAGUGAUCUUUCCGAUGAUCAUUGUCAUGAGUUCAAAAUCACCUCUUUGCACCCUUUUCCACGCUUGGUAUGGUCCAUUCAGAUGCUGGGAAUAUCAGCUGCAAGACAAGUUAGCUGUAUUUAAUUUUUAGAUAUGAGCUCAUGAGUUCUUGUUGGAAAGAAAAUCCUUUGAUGAGACCAGCCAUUUCGCGGAUCGCUCAACAGCUGAAGAAUUUUUGCGUGAAGUGA